UCGUAUUUGUAGAUGCUUGCAUACCGGAUACUAUAAAAAAAUGACAGAUACGAAAGGCCACAUGCUUCAAUCCAUCAUCACCCGUCAGACGGUCAUUUUAUUUUCCGAACCGCACUCACAUCACAUCAUGGCCUCCGCCUCCGCCUCCUUCAAGUUCAGCUCCUCAGUUCAACCUCGAUUCUGACCUCACUGCAUGUCAACGCCCGCAAACACGUGCAACCCGGGAGGCAUUUUGUAAGCCACAAGGAGUGUCGCCGCUGCGGUAUAGAUAACUACUAUGCCAGUAAAACAUGUUCUUCGCUCCAUCAUACAGGUCUCAUUGGACGUCUCUGCGUUCGUUGUGACCAUGGGCGUCCUCCAAUAACUGCUAUACUAGUAGCUUUAGCUGUCCAGUCUCCAGGACCCUGGCUAUUUUGAUCGUCUAAAGGAACGGUGGUACUGAUUCUUUACAGCAGUUCUUCACAUCCGACCAGGUCGAUGGUAUACUUCUAAUCCUCAGAAUGGCAGGGAUAUGGGGACUACAGAACCCUUUGGCGGUCCUUCUGGCAGCCUUGAUGUUUCCUCUCUCAACAUUCCUUCUGCUCGUCAACCAUGUCUAUGUCCUACUGGUGCCUCAGAACAAUGUUCGUCGACAUUUGCUCAGAACUCCCCGCUUCAUUCCGAGGACCAUCCUUCUCACUGGAAUCAAUACUCCACAGGGUCUACGACUAGCCAGAGCUUUCCAUGACACUGGCCAUAAUGUCAUUGGAGCGGACUACGAGCCAGGAAGUUUGCCCGUCCCAGCCCGGUUUUCGCAAGCACUGAGGAGGUUUCACCGAUUGGAGUCCACCUUCGACGAGAACUGGGCGGUCAUGUAUGUUUCAGCACUUGUCGACAUCAUACGGAAAGAGCGGGUUGAUGUCUGGAUCAACUGUUCAGACAGCGCAGACCCUUACGUUGAAUGUCAGGCCAGGCAAGCAAUUGAACAACACACCAAUUGUCGUGGCGUUGCUCUACGGAUGGAGGAUGCUCCCCAUCUCUUGACACAAGAAGCCUUCCUCACAUAUGUUGAAAGUCUUGGUCUACCGACCCCAGAGAGACGUUUGGUGAACUCGAGAGACGAGGUGCACCGGGUUUUGAACAAGACGCACGGGCGACGGAAGUAUCUGCUACAAAGCGCUGGCGGGGACAAUCUCACGACAGAUUCCACCGUGACCGUGCUUCCCAGAAGAACACUGAGCCAGACAUAUAACACAAUCGCCUGCAUGCCCAUCCAAAAAUCCAAGCCGUGGCUGCUCAAGCAGGUCACAGACGGCCUGAAAAAGUACUCUACUUUUGCAAUUGUUGUGAAUCGCACGGUUAUGGCGUUUGUUGCCUUUCACAACAUCAAUCAUGGCAGCUAUGAGGCAUUGAAUCCAAAAUCGUCCUUGGCCCAGUCAAUGCUGAGGUUCGUACAGACGUUCGCCAGUAAGCAGGACUCUGACUCCACUGGUCAUUUUGGAAUCGACUUCUGCGUCGAACAACACGUCGAUGCAGAGGGAGUACAGGAGAACAUUAUUCCAUUGGGGAUAUCUUUCCAUGCCCAGCAUGGGAUUCUUUUCUUCGACGGUCUAGCAGGUUCAGCUCAGCUGGCUCGAUCAUACCUAGCGAGCAUAUCACCCGAGGUGCACAACACCAAUGGCAUCGGCCACCUAUCGCGGUCGCGAUCAAGCUCGAUCCUGUUCAACUCGCAAGAGAUUCAGAACCAGGAUGUAGCAUUUCCAACCGGGACCACUCCUGGAAUAUACCGCUUCGGCCCGGACUUGCAGCAACGCUGUCUGACAUCUUUCGCAAGGGUCCUCACAUUCGACAUUACCCCGACAGAGUUUUUUAACCAGUUUCUGACAUUUAUAAAGCACCUCCUUUUCUGGCAGGAGGAGCUAUACGGCUUCACCGAUCCAAUGCCUUUCUGGUGGACCUACCAGAUCUACAUCCCUUUACAGCAUGCGCUUGCUAUGUAUAUGGGGAUUCGCGGUGUCUCGAAGCCGGAGCUAUUGCGUCCAUUCAGCCCGCGCGACGUCACGGUCAUGGAUCAGGAUCCUCAGACGCAUAAUUCCGAACCUUGGGCUCGUUGACUAGAACAGCAUCAGACCGUGGCAGCGUGAGCAGACCCACAGCCAGCUCAAAGCCCAGAUAGAGGAAGCCGGCUUCAUCAGCGCCCGGAUUCUCUCGUACCCCAAUUACUGGAAGAGGCUGUAUCGGUAAUUUUACCGGCGCAAAUUUCGGAAACUUGACAACGCGUAGGAGACAGGAGCCAGGGUUUUCAAACAUACCGCAUACCCAGCCAAUCCGGCCAGCCAGUUAGUCCACCCCUGACUUCUCAAGGUCAUUAUUGACCCUUUAAUGAGAGUAUAGGAUUAUCGUGAAAGGUCGUGUCCGAGCCUCUCUUGUCAGAAUGCCAAAAUGCCUACGCACCACACGUCAUGUUUUAUGGUCACGACUCACAAGAAGUGGCAGUGGCAGUGCAAAUUUUGUUCUCAACCUCCAACACCCGGGCUGCACCGCACUGAGCUGGGCGUUCUAGUAAAAAGCCGUAGGAACAGGUCCGGUGCAGUUGCCCAGUCAGCAGACAGAUAGGGAGCGAGAUACUGUAUGUAGCAACGGUCCGGUGUGAAAUCAUGAAGGCUCGACCGAUACAUAAAGGACAAAAAAUAGGAUAUACCACUGUCCUCGGCAGCGAAUCUUGACCUUUUCCAAAAUCCAA